AAGUUGAUCCAGGCUGGAUAGGGCAUUUAAUUCGUUUUUGAUGCACCUUGUGGUCAUUUUGCGCCAUUUUCUUCAAAUUAUCUUGUGUGUGCCUAUAAACAGUAUUUUGCAGGAGAUAUUUCAGUCCCAAAAAGAAGUUUUGAGGCUCUUUGGAAUCUUUUUUUUUUGUGUAAAGUGAAUGUGAAGUGAACAGUUUAGUCAGCCAUUUGUUUGGUUGUUUGUCUAACAUUUACAAAGAAAGUUAUUUUUUCAUCUGUUGAACUGAAUCAAUUUUUAAACUUGUUAGCUAUUUAGAAAAUAAAACCAUAAAGUGCUAAAAUGAUUUGGAAAUUGAUUUUGGUUAAAACUGAAAUGAAACGGUCAAAAGGAAAUGGCAAAUUAGGAUUAAGAGCUAUCAUUGAGGUCAACUUCUGACCUCUUAUCAUCUCAAGCUUAAUUAGGUCAUUUUGCUUGUGACAAAUUUUGGCUCUUUGUGAGAUUUUUGAACAAGAUGGAGGUUGAUCCACCCACAUCAACAACUCCUCCUGGAACAAGCUCUGGUGGUGGAACAUUAAAACGGUCAAAUAGUGCACCAAUGAUAAAUGUUCUUGUAUCUUCAGAAAGCUUUAAUCAGCCAUGCACGUCAUCUUCAUUCAAAUUUUCAGAUGCUUCGCGUUUGAGACGAUUUAGCUCGAGUAACAUGUCAUUAAAUUCAGCCAUGGGAAUGGGCUUGAGUAUCAAAAUACCAGACCGAAUAAACCAAAUAAAACAAGAAGAAAGUCACAUAUCACAUAGAGAAACUGCUGGUGAAAAAGUUGUUCGAUCAGCGAUUCAAUUUUCUACAUCUUGGGACUGUUUGAGCCUAGAUGAUCAAGACACAUCUUCUGAGGGGAUGUUAUCAAUUGAUACGAGUUCUGGACACAGACCACGUUCAUUUAGUGAAUCGUUACACAUUAUGCCGAGUCCCAGUUUAUUGUGUGGUUCUCCUUCACCUACUAGAGUUGGAAAACAGUGCUUCUCCCCAUCAAUGCAUGUGCCAAUUAAAAGCAGUUCUUUUUCACAUAGUCCUAGUCCAAGCCCGACUAGAAAAACUUUCAUCAGAAGUCUCAGUCCGAUAGCCAUGAGACCAAGCCCAUUUAGGAAACGAAAAUACGAAGCAGAUAGUGAUAGAUCAGAAUAUUUGAGCCCACCAAAGAAAUUUCACACCAAUCCAAGUCCUCCAGAGCGAGAUCGUGUUUUGGCUCAUCCUUUAGCUCAUAGUGGUUUGGCUCACCCAUUGUCUCACAGUGUAUCAGGAAGCAGUAUUGAAGAUCACAGAGAGAGUGACAGAGGGUCUCCUUAUUCUCUACCAACGACAGUUCAAUCACACGACGAUAAAAGCCUAUACAACUUCAUGCCUUUACGAGAUACCAACUCGCAGGAUAUUCAUAUGUCUGAUUCAGAACAUUUAGAAAUGAGCGAAUCACAUGAUAUGACAGAAAAAACUGUUCCUGGACAAGUUCUAACAUUCUCAUCCUACCCUGGCUCAAUAACUUCUGGUGAUGACUAUUAUUUAUUAUCAUCUGGAAUGGUAUCAAUGGAAACUACAAUAGGAAAUAGUAAUGCUGAUCUAUGGAAAUAUGUUCAGCCAACUGGCAUUGUAUUAGAGAUGGUCAGAUCAGUUGUAUCUAAUAGAAUCAGUAAAUCUGGUGCUGAAUGGGCUGCUUCAUUUGCUAAUUUUAACAGUGGAACGUAUAAUAAUGAAUGGAUGAUAGUGGAUUAUAAAAGAUUUGUACCAGGUCAAACCAAAUUGAUUCCGGGUCUACUCACAGUUCUUGAACAAAUUCCAGGGUAUAUAAAGUAUGCUGAUUUAACAUCUCUACUAGAAACCACGUCCUAUUUCCCCAGUUAUAAUGUUGCAUAUUUCCCUGAGAUAUUUAAUAUGAGUGGUGGAAAUGAAAUGGUGAAGAAAUUUGGUGAUUGGUUUUCCUAUAAUUAUACUGCUAGAGCUAAUAUAUUCCGCCGAGACCAUGAGAAAGCACAAGAUAUAGAUUCAGUGAUGAAAUUAAUGAGAUACAACGAUUAUAAACAUGAUCCUCUAUCAAGAUGUAACUGUACUCCACCAUACAGUGCCGAGAAUGCUAUAUCUGCAAGAUGUGAUUUAAACCCAGAUAGUGGUACCUAUCCUAUACCAUCUCUAAGUCACAGAGCACAUGGUGGAAUUGAUAUGAAGUUGACUAAUUAUGAAUUGUUCCAGUCAAUGGAGAUGAUAACUGUAGGUGGACCGACAUACGAUGAUUUACCACCCUUUCAAUGGAGCAAAUCAGACUUCUCUUCCCAGUAUUCCCAUGGUUAUAGCCAUAUUAAGGCUCAUCUGGUGUAACAAUGUUUAUUAUGUAUAUAUAUGUAAAUGAAAUUGUAAAUUAUUAAAACGAUAAUUUUGAUAUUAUGUGUGUAUAUAUUAUGAGUAUGUGAUUAUUUAAAUCUAUAUCAAACUAUAUUUGUUGAUAUAAUGAUGAAUUAUGAUGUUAGAAUUGGUGUUGUUUUGCCAGUCAUAUCUGAAUGUGAUUUCUGUCACCUUUUGAAGACUUUUUUACUUAAUAGCUGUUGACAAAUAUUGCCGAUAAAUUUUUAUAUUGAAAAAUUAAUUUGUUCCUUAGUGCUCUUGUAAGAUAUGUGGUAAAGUUUCUUCUUUCCCUUCUUUUUCAUUUUGCACACCCUCUACCAACGAAUACUAACAUUGUGCCAAAAUAUCCUUAAUGAUCAUUCGAAUUAUUUAGAAACACAAGUCAAUAUAUUAAUAUAGACUUGUAAAGAACUGAGGAUGUGUUUUCAGUAGACCAAAUUGAUAUUGAUGGUACUAAGUGUAUAAAAUUGUUAAAUGUAGUAAUUUAUCAGGUGUUUAUUGUAAACAAAUUAUUUCAGACUUGUUAAAUUAUACAAAAUAUUAUUCAAAUAUAUUAUUCAUAUUAAAAAGUUGAUUUUAUGAAAA